UUGAAGCUGUGAUUUCAUGGAUCAAUUAUGAGAAAGAAACCCGUUUAGAUCACAUGGCAAAGCUGAUGGAACAUGUCCGACUCCCUCUUUUGCCUAGGGACUACCUGGUCCAGACAGUUGAAGAAGAAGCUCUGAUAAAGAAUAACAACACCUGUAAGGACUUCCUCAUUGAGGCUAUGAAAUACCAUCUGCUCCCUCUGGACCAGAGGCUCUUGAUUAAGAACCCAAGGACCAAGCCCAGGACUCCAGUCAGUCUGCCCAAGGUCAUGAUUGUGGUUGGCGGCCAGGCGCCCAAGGCCAUCCGCAGCGUGGAGUGCUAUGAUUUUGAGGAGGACCGCUGGGACCAGAUUGCUGAACUUCCUUCUCGGAGAUGUAGAGCAGGUGUGGUGUUCAUGGCUGGCCACGUGUAUGCCGUCGGAGGGUUUAACGGCUCACUGAGGGUGCGGACAGUGGACGUGUAUGACGGUGUGAAGGACCAGUGGACGUCCAUAGCCAGCAUGCAGGAGCGCCGGAGCACGCUGGGCGCGGCGGUGCUCAAUGACUUGCUCUACGCAGUGGGAGGCUUUGAUGGCAGUACUGGGAAGCUAUAUGCUGUUGGGGGUUAUGAUGGGGCUUCCCGCCAGUGCCUGAGCACCGUGGAACAGUACAACCCAGCGACCAAUGAGUGGAUAUACGUGGCGGACAUGAGCACCCGCCGCAGUGGCGCAGGAGUUGGAGUGCUCAGCGGACAGCUGUAUGCCACAGGUGGGCAUGAUGGGCCCUUGGUGAGGAAGAGCGUUGAGGUUUAUGACCCUGGAACAAACACCUGGAAGCAGGUGGCUGACAUGAACAUGUGCCGGCGCAAUGCAGGGGUCUGUGCGGUCAACGGGCUCCUGUAUGUGGUUGGAGGAGAUGAUGGAUCCUGCAACCUGGCUUCGGUGGAGUACUACAAUCCUGUUACUGACAAAUGGACGCUGCUGCCAACCAACAUGAGCACGGGUCGGAGCUACGCAGGUGUUGCUGUGAUUCACAAGUCCUUGUGA